AUGCAUCAGCCCGGCGCAUUCGUUCAGGGGAAAAAAAGAGGAGAAGCCACUGGGACUAUACUACAACAUGGAACACAUGAUGAGCCGACAGCCAAUGAUAUACGCAAGCACAUUUCGGCAGCGCUUUGGAUCCCUAGACCCGGAGAAUCUGCAGCAGCAGGGCAGGAUGCGAGUAGCAGAAUCUGCAAAGUGCCUGAGAAUAAGAAGCUGUUAAAGCGGGACUUAGAGCUGCUGUGGCGGCCGCAACCGCUGUCGAAGCUAUCCAACCGCAUAUCAGCGUCAAUGGGUUGGGACUACGAUGCAGUGCAUGUGCGGCGCGGGGACAAGGUCACGCCGUCCAGCCGCAAAUACUGGCCCAAUCUCGACCGCGACACACGGCCGAAGGCCCUCUUAGAGACUCUCCCGCGCUUCAUAAAGCCUGGGCGGCACGUGUACAUAGCGUCGAACGAGCGCACGCCGGGCUUCUUCAGCCCGCUCGCCUCGCUCUACAAGAUCCACGUGCUCUCCGACUACCGCCACCUCUGGGGGCGGGGGAGCAAGUUCCACAGGGACCUUAAAGCCCUCCUCCGGACCCUGAACCUGACUACAGUGAAGCCGGAGUUGGAUGCUUAUAUGGAGUGGACUGUGGAGUUAUCUGUGCUGGGUAAUGCUAAGAAGAGAGUGGAAACGUUCAAUGACCUCACCAGCGAUAGCAAGAAUGCAAUGAUACGGAAUAACAAGUCUCAAGCCAGUUAA